UACGCCUCGUCUCGUGGAGGAGAUAACGAUGGCUUUACAUUUUGGCUUUUGAAACCACUUAUCAUAACGAUAAUAUGUAAACAAAAUAUUAACAAACACACACUAGCUGUGUCUGUGAGGUAUGAACAAGCUGAAGCAAAUACAAGCACAUUCCCUCAAAAAUGGCAUAGGCAACAACCAUUUCCUCAUACUUCAACUCCUCCAACUCCCCAACAUUCCUUAUGCCCACAACCUGUUCGUCAAUAUUCCAAACCCAACAGUCAUUCUCUACAAUAAGUUCAUCAAAGCCUACUCCUCUCAAAACCAACCCCAUGAAUGCCUCUCCCUCUACUCACAAAUGUGCUUCCAUGGCUGUGCACCAAAUCACCACUCCUUCACCCUUCUCUUUGCUGCCUGCACGGCCCUUCGCUCCCUUUCCCAUGGCCGAAGGCUCCAUACCCACCUCAUUAAAUCCGGGUUCCACAGCGAUGGCUUCGCCUCCACGGCUUUACUCGACAUGUAUGCUAAGUUGGGAAUGUUGGGUUCAGCCCGCCAAGUGUUCGACGAAAUUCCGGUUAGAGAUAUACCCACUUGGAAUUCAAUGAUUGCGGGCUAUGCCAGGUGUGGUAAAUUGGAGGAAGCUUUAGCAUUGUUUGAGCAAAUGCCUUCCAGGAGCGUGGUUUCAUGGACUGCGAUGAUAUCCGGCUACUCACAGAACGGACAGUAUGGGAAUGCGUUGGCUAUGUUUUUGAAGAUGGAAAAGGAGAAAACUGUGAGGCCUAAUGAAGUCACUAUUGCUAGCGUAAUUCCAGCUUGUGCAAAUCUUGGUGCUUUGGAGGUUGGAAAGAGGAUUGAAGCAUAUGCGCGAGAGAAUGGGUUGUUUAGUAAUGUUUAUGUGAGCAAUUCAUUGUUGGAAAUGUAUGCAAGGUGCGGUAAAAUUGAAGUGGCUUUGCGAGUGUUUAAUGAGAUUGGGAAGCGGAGAAACUUGUGUACUUGGAAUUCCAUGAUUAUGGGCAUGGCUGUCCAUGGGAGAUGCAAAGAAGCUCUUGAGCUUUACCAUCAAAUGCUGAGAGAAGGGAUUUCACCGGAUGAUGUCACGUUCGUGGGACUUCUUUUAGCUUGCACUCAUGGAGGCAUGGUGGCUAAGGGGGAGGAGUUGUUUGAUUCAAUGGAGAGGAGAUUCUCUAUCAUUCCCAAACUUGAACAUUAUGGUUGCAUGGUUGAUCUCCUGGGCCGUGCUGGAAAAUUGCAAAAAGCUUAUGACCUUAUAGAAAGCAUGCCUAUGAAACCCGAUUCUGUAGUAUGGGGGACUCUGUUGGGAGCAUGCAGUUUCCAUCGAAACGUUGAGCUAGGCGAAAAAGCAGCCAAGUCUCUCUUUAAGCUUGAGCCAUGGAAUCCUGGGAAUUAUGUUAUACUCUCCAAUAUCUAUGCUUGCACCGGUCAAUGGGAUAAGGUUGCCGAGCUAAGAAAGCUGAUGAAGGGAGGGCAAAUUACCAAGGCUGCAGGAUAUAGUUUUAUUGAAGUUGGAGGUGAAGUGCACAAGUUUAUUGUGGAAGAUAAAUCACAUUUAAGAUCUGCAGAAAUAUAUGCAUUAUUGAAUGAAGUAUCAACAAGGAUGAAACUCCAGAGAACUGGAACUGAUUCUGAUUCAGAACUUGAAGAAUUAUACACUACGGAGUCCAUCUGAAUAUUGCAGGGAAAUAUAUUGAGUCAUUGUGUACUUGAAAGAACGUCGAUUGUUCUUCACCGUCCAUUCAUCGAUUACCUGGGCUCAAUAGCCAGCAGAAACCAAGCAAAAUAUUUCAAAGAUGUACUUUCAUUUCCAUAAUUUAACUAUUCUUUUAAAAGUUGAACAACAUUUCAAUUUUCUUUUCAUAGAAAAA